AUGUCUUCAAACGGCGUCAACAAGUCAUUCUGGCUUGCUUACUGCGAUGCCAUCCGAAAUCAACUUGGGGAUGAUGUUGACAAUAAUGCUGCCUACUUCUUCAGCACUAGGCCUCAACGUGCACCGCUUGCUGGUCCUCCCAAUCUGGUUGAUCCAAAGUACACCAACCAGGGGCUGUAUGAGAUCUGCGACAGUCGAUUGCACACCGACAACCUAUUCUACGACCCGUCUGAGAAAAAGUCAUUCUCCCGUGCGCUUCUGGAGUACAUGGACCACGUUGAUCUGGAGAAGUACAAGAGCGACUACGCUGCUCCCGAUGAGACCUGGACCUCCUGGAGCGUGCAGAAUCAACCACAACUCCAGGCAUCGGUGGCGCACUACAACAACGCUGUAUCUCAAACCGACAUGUUCACAAUGCAAACCUAUGGCGGCAGUGCAGUGCCGUACGUACAGGACAAAAAACGUAUGCAAGCUGCUGUUGAUCCUCAGCCGCGCCCAGGCAUCAACAUGCCCGUCACCGCCCUUGGUGCCUCGGAUGCCGACGCCAUACUACAGCAGAUCAAGGCCAACAAAGCCAUGGCACCACCCAAUGCCGACUACCAUGUUCCAUUCUACUCUGCUGCGAACUACCUUGAGCAGGUGAUGAAUUGGUUGAGGAAUCGGGGCGAUGCCAACAAGUCGCGCAGUGAAGUGUCUUUCGACUUCAACACCGGAAACAGCGUUGAUGAGAAUGGCUUCAACCACACGAAUGGAGGCGGUGAUCACUAUGUGCCUUGGCUCUCUCUGGAUGUCAACGACGGUCAAUCGGAGGAGGGGCCCGUGCUCACCGACGGAGAUCAAGUCCACACUACAAUCACCAUGUCUUGGGACGAUCAAUUCCGCGCGAUUGACGUUCAAUCGGGAAGGGACAUCCGCGACAAUUCCACCUACAAACUCAAGAGUGACGCCCCAGACGAAGUCAAGGGUCUGGCUCGCGUCGUGAAGUUCGUCGUCGUCUCAAACCUCGCCUUCGAAGUUGAAUUCUCUGGCGACGCGAUCACCGAGUUUUCCAGCCAUGUCGGAAGCGGCGGAAGCAUUCGCCUCUUUGGUAUUCCCGUUGCCGUCAACAGGAACGCGGACGAGGAGAGUGACAUUACCCACACGGCUACCUGGUACGCCGAUGAGGGGAAGCUGUCUGUCCAGCCUAAGCCUGAAGCGGGUUUCGCUAGUGUUGUUGCACUUGUUGGAGAGAAGGUCUGA